UAUCAACUUCAAGGUCAUUUUUGCUAGUUUAAUUUGUAAGGUUAGGUAACUUUUAGAUAGGUUACAGGCACUCUUCUAUUUUAUUAGAAAUGUUCAAAUAUUUGUUAAGAUGAUAAAGUGUAGUAUCCUAAGGUAUACUUUGAAAAAUUCAUACAAGCACCGAGGUUUUACAAGUAACCCAUAUACAACCAGUGAAAUAAAUAAAUUUUCUUCAAUGUGUUCAGCUCAAUAUUUUAGGAUCCCAAAGAUAACAUCCAAUUUUGGUGUAAAAUAUACAUCGAAAAAUGCCUGUCGUUAUAAAUCUUCGGAAAGUGGGCCACCGUCAAGUAAAUUACCACCUUUAAUGGAUUUUCCGAAAAUUACAUGGCCUUCGUUAGUCAAGUCUGUGAAAAAUUUUAUACUGGCAACGUUCAUAAUUCGACCGUAUUUUGAUAGAGAGUUUAAUUUGCCAGAUUUCGUUAUUGGAUCGAAAAAAGCAGUGGAGGUUGUGUCUAAAAAAAUAGCUGAAGGUGACACUGUAUCAUUAACUGGUUUAGUGACAAGUGAUAUUUUACCGUCUGUGCAAAGAUCUACAUCACUUAUGUCUUUAUCGCAGAGAGAGCAAAUUGCAGUCAAUGUUGAUGAUAUAUAUUUUAGUUUCCCGUAUCAGAUAGGAGUAAUGUUUAAUGAAGAGAAUGAUCAGAAAAGGUUUGUAGAAAUUACAAUGGUCUUUCACGCUCUCAGGGGUUUAUCGUUAAUGAGGGCCCGUGGUGAAGAACCACCUCUAAAUAUGGGCAUGCUGCCAGAGUACCAGAGUCGUAUAUCAGUUUGUAACUAUCGUUUUAUUAAGGAAUUUACUAAAGGAGUCGAAAGUGAUUGGACCAUUAACUUAUUAAAUCAUUUCAAGCCUGUUGAUGAAGUUCAAGAAUAAAUAUUGUGAUUGUAUUUUUUA